AUGGACGAGAUGUUUUCCGAUGAAGAGGCCGAUCCUUUUGAGGCUUCCUCAGAUGAAUAUGAACUUGAUAGCUGGCAUUCCUCGUCUUCAUAUAGCUCGAAAGGCAGUAACGAGCCAUUAGUAAAAAAGAAAAAAACAGUGGAUCAUCCAAUAGCAUCUUCUGAUAGUAGACAGCUUCUUACCAGAACUGAUGAUUCAUCGUCUUCUCAAAAUAUCUUGCAACAGGAGCGUCCUUUAGACACUUGGCAUUUUCCUUUCGAAUGGGCAGGAGUACUGUUGCGAGCAUUAUAAAACAUAUGAUUAAAAUAUUAUGGAACAUGCUGCAACCACUUCACAUGCCAGAACCUACUACGGCAACAUUUUUAAAUGUAAGUGCAGACUUCAUGAAAGUAUGGAACUUCCCCAAUUGCAUCGGAGCUGUUGACGGCAAACACGUCAAAGUUAUAGCACCACAACAUUCCGGAUCCAUGUACUUCAAUUAUAAGCAUUAUUUU